UGAGGGUAAAUAAAUAAUUUCACAAUAGAUGCCAUUCCCAUCUGUACGUCUUGUAUAUAAAGGCUACACGUCCGAUCGAUUUUCAUAUUCUCAGCAGUCGUCUUCCCCCGCCCCUCUCACUUUCUCUCUCUACAAACCCACACACACACACACACACACACUCCCCACAGUUUGUGAGAGAGAGAAUGGGAGGUCAAAAGUUUGCCGUUCUUCUGUGCGCCGACGACUCCGACUACGUGAAGACAAUCUACGGCGGCUACUACGGCGUUUUCGUGAGAAUGCUGAAGGAGGAAGGGGAAAAGUGGGACGUAUUUAAGGUGGCCAGAGGCGAGUUUCCGGCGGACGAAGAGAUCGGCGAUUACGAGGGUUUCGUCAUCACCGGAAGCUGCAAUGACGCGCACGGAGACGAACCUUGGAUCUGUAAACUGGUGGCGCUGCUCAGUAAAUUGGAAGUUAUGAAGAAGAAAAUCCUCGGCAUCUGCUUCGGCCAUCAGGUAUUGGGACGAGCAUUAGGAGGAAAAGUCGGGCGAGCCAGUGCAGGAUGGGAUAUCGGAAUCACGAAAGUCCAUUUACAUCCGUCGCAGAUUUUCAGCUCUAUCAAAAUGCCUGCUUCACUCUCUGUUAUCGAGUGCCACAGAGACGAGUUAUGGGAACUCCCACCAAAAGCAGAGGUUUUGGCAUGGUCAAACAAGACAGGAAUCGAGAUGUUUAGGUACGGUGACCAUGUUAUGGGAAUACAGGGCCACCCCGAGUACACAAAGGAUAUCCUCUUGCAUCUAAUCGACCGCCUUUUCAACCGUGAUCUAAUUGAGGAGUCCGUUGCUGAAGAGGCCAAGAUUAAGAUAGUGGCGUGCGAGCCUGAUCGGGAGGCAUGGAAGAAACUGUGCACCAGCUUUCUAAAAGGAAGACUUUGAUCGAAAAGGAAAAGCUACGAGGAACUUGUAUGUAGAUAAUUUUGCGCAAUUUGGCGAAAGAACGAUUGACCCCUGGCGUGUUCGGAGAGAAGAGAUGUGUUGUUGUUUAAAUGUAUUUGUAGUCACUUGUUGUAAUUUAUCAAACGUUGAAGUUGGACAAUAUUUUUAAUUCAAAUAGUUUUAUUUAAUUUGUUUGGACUCUUGAAUA